GGUACCCCCGGCUCUCGUGCCUUGUCUCCCCAUGUCUCCCGUGCCUUUUCGCAGCCUACCCAGUCAUCGAUUCUUCCAACAGCAGAACAACCCGGAUAUUUGUGGCAGGCAGUGAACACCAAUUCAGGAAAACAAGGAACAGAAGAAAUCUCACAAUAUGUUGUUGCUACAAGAGCAAGUUGUGUUGUCGGUCACGCUCGGCUCUCGGUUGUUCAAGCUCAUCCCCCCCUAAGCAUGGACCCCAAUACCCUCUGCGUGAGUAAGAAGCGGGCGUUGUCUUCAAGCUGUCGAGUCAGAAAAAUUCCUCAAUACGACGGACCCGCCGACGAAAUAGACUCUCACAACGACGCUCGAGACGAGGCUCGUUCACAAGAUACCGCAACCACUCUAACUAUCUCCGAUCUCUUCGAUGGUCGUACCCCUGAGCAGCUUGAGAAGAGCGUUGAAAAUGGACUCGAGUUACUAAAAGCGAUAAAGGGAAUUCUGGGGGAACAUAAGGGUCAAGAAGUAAGUCGAUGGAUCGAAGCAAUUGAUAAUGUCGAAUCUCAAGCCGUCCGAUCCCGAACCGUCAUCGGUGUUGUUGGUGCGACGGGCGCGGGCAAAAGCUCCGUCAUCAAUGCCGUUCUCGAUGAAGAGCGUUUGGUCCCGACCAGCUGUAUGAGAGCCUGCACCGCUGUUGUGACGGAAAUCAGCUACAACCACCAAGAUGGCGCUCCAUACCGGGCCGAGGUUGAAUUUAUCUCAAAGGAUGACUGGCGCAAGAUGUUGAAUGUUCUCCUCCAAGAUCUCCGCGACCGUUCGGGCCAGCAGACAAACGAAGACUCCGAAACUGCCGUUGCCUACGCUCAGGUCAAGGCGGUUUACCCUGGGCUGACCAGAGAGGAUAUGGAUAAGACUCACAUUGAAACACUGAUGGCGCAUAAGAAUGUCGCCCGUCUAGGCACCAAGCACAACAUUGAAUCAAGCAAUGCUAUCACAUUCUACAAGGAAUUGCAACCCUUUGUGGACAGCAAGAAGAAGACCAGCGGACCCAAAGAACGGACUGAGAAGGAGAAGAAACAAACUGAGGCGGAGUAUUGGCCCCUGAUUCGCGUUGUCAAACUUUAUGUAAAGGCUCCUGCUCUCGCCACUGGUGCAGUGAUUGUUGAUCUCCCAGGGGUGCAUGACAGCAACCACGCUCGCGCAGCGGUCUCUCAGGACUACAUGAAACAAUGUACGGGACUAUUAAUUGUUGCUCCUAUCACUAGAGCGGUUGACGACAAAUCAGCAAAGACCCUGCUCGGCGACUCUUUCAAACGUCAAUUGAAGAUGGAUGGAGGCCUCAGUUCGGUGACUUUCAUUUGCAGCAGGACGGACGAAAUCUCGAUGACUGAGGCUCAGGAUUCUCUUGGCCUCGAAGAAGAGCUUGCUCCCAUGUUGGCGGAACUGGGAGACUUAUCAACGAAGAAAGAUUCGAUCAACAACGAGAUCGCAGAUCUCGAGCACUCAAAGUCGAGCAUCGAUGCAGACAUAGACAUCGCAGACGAAGGAAUUGAAGUCUGGGACAAGUUGCAAGCCCAGUUGGAGGAAGGUAAAAUUGUCACCCGACCUGAAGCUGGAUCUCUGAAGCGCAACCUCUCAGACACGAACAGUCACGCUAGCAAAAGACCCAAGCUUUCUGACCCUGGUACCGACCAUGACCGCUCCUUUCGUGACAAUGGGUGUGCCAGACAAAACGGAUUCGACUACGGAUCAUCCAAUACCAGUCACGGUCAAGGUCAGCCACUUACAGAAGAGGAUAUCUCAAACAAGCUCGCCGAACUCGAAAGUACCAGCAGAGGACUGCGCGGCAAGAUGCGCAAGAUUCAUCGGCAGAUCCAAGAACUACGGGCUCGAGAUCGAGAAAUCGACAAAGAGCACGAGAGCAUAUCCGCGAAACUUUCUGCCCGGUGCAUUGAAGGUCGUAAUGAGUAUUCACGAACGGCCAUUCGUCAGGACUAUGCAGCGGGCAUCCGUGAACUAGACCAAGAGCUGGCUGAAGAAGAAGACGCAGCAAAUUUCGACCCUGGAGUGGAUGCGCGCGACUAUGAUGAAGUGGCUCGCAACUUACCCGUCUUCUGCGUAUCUUCUCGUGCCUAUCAGAAGUUGAAAGGGAGACUGAAGAAAGACAAAACUCCUGCAGGCUUUCAACACGAAGACGAGACGGAAAUCCCAGCCCUGCAAGCUCACUGCGUGCAGCUCACCGCCACUGCUCGACAAGCAUCUUCCCGCAAGUUUCUUACCAGCAUGUUUCAGCUGCUGAAUUCUCUCCGUCUGUGGAUUUCCAAUGACACCGCAACGAAGAGCGUUGCAGAGACACAGUUAGAGCAAGAAGCCCAAAUUCUUGAAGAGAGGCUCCACAGCCUUGAUUCGGCUCUUGAAAAGGCAUGCGAUGAAGUCGUUGACGAAUUCUCCAAGGAGCUUCGAGACAAAGUCUAUGACGUGUACCCCCAUGCUACAAGGGCAGCGAGAGAUCGAGCAGACAACACUGUGCACAAAUGGGGUUCACCUGUUAAUUGGGAUGAUCCAGCCGCGGGGGGCCUUCAUUGGUCAACUUACAAAGCUGUGGUUCGCCGCGAUGGCUGUUUUACAAAUGCUCGGGGCUGUCACAAUUUCAACCAGCAGUUACUUGAACCUCUAAUUCGUCAACUCUCCAGACCUUGGGAAACAGUCUUUACUCGCAGACUGGCGAUCAUCCUCAAAAAACUCCCGCCGAGCGUAACUCACACCAUCACCGCUUUCCACAAUGAUGUUGAGCGCCGCGCUAUCCGCAAUGGCAUCUCUGUGGCUUUUUUCAAGAUUCUGAAGCAACAAAUUCCCCUCUAUCAGGAAACGCUGAACGUUGCAAUCAACGAUGCGAGAAGCUGGGUCACCACGGAACAGCGUUCAAUCUCCCGCGAGUUUGAGCCUCUGAUUGCUGGCUAUAUGCAUGAUGUCUAUUCCGCUUGCGCCAAUGAGUUUGGCUUAGGAUCCUAUCGACGGAUGAGGGAUCAAAUGGAGCAGUUUGUCGAGGAUGAGAAGAUGUCCAUGUUUGACAACGUCGUAGACGACGUCAACGAACUUAUCGAACAAAUGCUGAAGGGCCUGAAAGUGGCUUUACUCGCCAGUCUUGGUGGUGUUUUCAAGGACGUUGAGAGAGAAUAUACUAGCGUGGUGAUUCACCGAGAUUUCGGUAACGAAGACCGGCAAACCAUGCGAGAUAAGGUCCUGAAGAUUGUGGACAGUGCUGAGCUCGUUUUCAAGCGAGCUGUUGGCAUCGAAAGUGAAUAUGGAACUGCACCUGAGUCCGAGAUGCAACGCCAACCAGACAACGCCGAGACAUCGGUCGCGAUCAAGAUGGAGCCUCGAGAGGACAUCUCCGUGAGGGACUAUGAAAAGGAGACUUAGCGGAAAUUCUACUGAAGGUCCAACACCGAACUGACUGAAGCGUGAAGAGCGGGAUGAUAUGUCGACCUGGGAAUCUCGCGACCAGAGACCGUGGCAUCCGGCAAGUCGACACUUUCAAGUCCAGGAGAGGCGGUGAUGAAAUGCUGCUGAUCGACGACAUCAUCUUCCUGGAAACCGAGAGUUGGGGAAUGAGCACUACACUGUGCUGGUUGCAGGACUCCAUCGAGGGGGAACUUGGCUUCUCCAAGGACUUCUUUGGCGUCCAUUGGAUCGAGGGACAAGACCGUAGGAUACAGCGUCGAAAGGAGAGGCUGGAUGUUAGAGUAUGCAGUGCUACUGAUGUAGGAUACAUCGCGGCGAUGGGGCUCGAAGUUAUGCAACAAUUACGUCCAUGUCACUCACUCUCUGGCUUCUGUCCAGCUGAUGGGGGAGGCAUGAACGUGGCUGGGGCUCAUCUUUCCGAGCGAGCUGCUGAAUAGGUCCUUUCUCUUCAGCAAAAAGACAUAGAUUUGGCCGAGAAAUGGUCCAGGGGAAUUGCUUC